UCAUUUGGUUCCGGUAAAUGGAAACGAGAUCUCAAAACUCAAAAGCUUCUGGAGAUUGUGUAAGAAGAAUUGGAAUCGAAAGAAGAAGAAAGCGAAGAUAUGGCGUUGAGCUCGUUGACAUGGGGUUACGCACGGAUCAUAGCUGGAACACUUGUCGGCGGGGCUCUAGGAUUCUACGUAAUGCAUCGCAUCGAAGUUAGCUACAAGAUGAAGAUGGAGGAAGCGUUGAAGCAAUACGAGAAGGAAAAGCUGAAGAGACAAGAAGAAGAGAAUCUUAGUCUGAUCAAUGAAGAAUCCGUUUAGUCUUUUUUAGUUAUUUAUUUGAGUUGCGUGGGAGCAUGCCUUCAAAGUGUUCGAUGAAAUGCCCAACAUCUGUUUUAUGCUCUUUUCUUCUUUUUUCGGUUUGGUUUGGUCUGGCAUUACAUGAAAAUGUUUCAGUUGACUUUUGUCUGAAAACUAAGUACCAUGAUAUGUAGUAUUUUCUUUGUUUCUUAAAGAACCAACUAAAUAAGUUCUUAGUACA